CAAGAGGCCUGGACAGUAAACAAGCCCAGUCAAGCUCAGUCCCUUUGCGCGCAGAUCUUUUAGAAUUGCCCAAAAGCUCAAUUGAAAUCACGCACACUCCGGCAUCCAUGCUGAGCCAUGCCAAGCGAUAAAUGCCGCUUCGUCUUGAACUCACCCCUUUUGCCACCACCGUCUCCCGCCCGGCCAACCCAUCAUGACACCCCUUUUCACCGUCAGAGGGUCCGUCAGAGGGUCCGGCCUUGCUCAGACCCCUGAUUCACAUCAGUGGGCGCCUCCCUCGCCUGGCGCAAGACGGUUCUCGCUUGUCACGUGCUCUGGCUUCAGGCGGAGAACGCCUUGGUGUCAACCUCAAACACGUGUGCACCCCUUGUGUCUUGCCGUCUCUCGGGCUAGCGAACCACGAUUCGCCUGCUCCCCAGGCCCUUUCAUCCUUCAGCCUUACCAGACCUGCCUGGGUGAAGAAUGCGUAUAGAGACUGUGAUCCGUCUCCAAUGCCAUCAUCGUUGGCCAGGGCAAGGAAUUGGGUUUUCUGGCCAUGGCAUGCUCGCUAAUAAAACACUGACUCAACGGCCUUGUUUGACCAUCUCGUCUCGUCAUUUGAGGAGCCGUCGACAAAGCGCCUUCGCUUCGUUCAGCUCGCCCCGCGCCUG